UCAGUGGUGUUCAGUGAUGUGUCUAUAGACUUCUCCCAGGAGGAGUGGGAGUGCCUGGACCCUGGUCAGAGGGCCUUGUACAGGGACGUGAUGUUGGAGAACUAUGGCAAUCUGCUGUCAAUGGGACUUUACAUUCCUAAGCCUCAAGUUAUCUCCUUAUUGGAACAAGGAAAAGAGCCCUGGAUGGUUGGCAGAGAGCUGACAAGAGGCCUGUGUUCAGAUCUGGAAUCAAUGUGUGAAACCAAGUUACUGUCUCUGAAGAAGGAAGUUUAUGAAAUAGAAUCUUGCCAGAGGGAGAUAAUGGGGCUUACAAAGCGUGGCCUUGAGUACUCCAGUUUUAGAGACAUUUUGGAAUAUAGAAGCCACUUUGAAAAACAACUGGGAUAUCAAAGUGGGCAUUUCAGCCAAGAAAUAUUCACUCAUGAAUACAUGCCCACAUUUAUUCAACAGACAUUCUUUACUCUACAGCAAAUAAUUAACAAUGAAGAGAAACCCUAUGAAUGUAAGAAAUGUGGAAAGGUCUUUAGUCAGAAUUCACAGUUUAUUCAACAUCAGAGAAUUCAUAUUGGUGAAAAAUCUUAUGAAUGUAAGGAGUGUGGGAAAUUCUUUAGCUGUGGCUCCCAUGUUACUCGACAUCUGAAAAUUCAUACUGGUGAAAAACCCUUUGAAUGUAAGGAAUGUGGCAAGGCUUUCAGUUGUAGCUCAUACCUUUCUCAGCAUCAGAGAAUUCAUACUGGUAAGAAGCCCUAUGAAUGUAAGGAAUGUGGGAAGGCCUUUAGCUAUUGCUCAAAUCUUAUUGACCAUCAGAGAAUUCACACUGGUGAAAAACCCUAUGAAUGUAAAGUAUGUGGGAAAGCCUUUACUAAGAGCUCACAACUUUUUCAACAUGUGAGAAUUCAUACAGGUGAGAAACCCUAUGAAUGUAAAGAAUGUGGCAAAGCUUUUACUCAGAGCUCAAAGCUUGUUCAGCAUCAGAGAAUUCAUACUGGUGAAAAACCCUAUGAGUGCAAGGAAUGUGGCAAAGCCUUUAGUAGUGGCUCGGCGCUUACUAAUCAUCAGAGAAUUCACACUGGGGAGAAACCCUAUGAUUGUAAGGAAUGUGGGAAAGCUUUUACUCAGAGCUCACAGCUUCGUCAACAUCAGAGAAUUCAUGCUGGUGAGAAACCCUUUGAAUGUCUUGAAUGUGGGAAGGCCUUUACUCAGAACUCACAACUUUUUCAACAUCAGAGAAUACAUACAGAUGAAAAACCGUAUGAAUGUAGUGAAUGUGGAAAGGCCUUUAAUAAAUGCUCAAACCUUACGCGACAUCUGAGAAUUCAUACUGGUGAAAAGCCCUAUAACUGUAAGGAAUGCGGGAAGGCAUUUAGUACUAGAUCUUCCCUGAUCCUCCACCAGAGGGUGCACACAGGGGAGAAGCCCUAUCGCUGUGCCGUGUGUGGGAAGGGGUUCAGUCAGAGAGUCCACCUGCAGACGCACCAGAAGAUGCACACAGGGGAGACACCUUACAUGUACUCCGAGUGGGGACGGAGCUUUAGCAAUAUGUCAGCCCUCAUCAAAAACCAGAGGACACCCUCUGGGGACAAGCCUUACGUGUGCAAGGAAUGUGGACGAGGCUUUACCUGGAAGUCAAACCUCAUCACACACCAGAGGACACACUCAGGGGAGAAACCUUAUGUGUGCAAGGAGUGUGGACGAGGCUUUACUUGGAAGUCAAACCUCUUCACACACCAGAGGACACAUUCAGGGGUCAAGCCGUAUGUGUGCAAGGAGUGUGGGCAGAGCUUUAGCCUAAAGUCAAACCUUAUCACACACCAGAGGGCACACUCGGGGGAAAAGCCUUAUGUUUGCAGGGAGUGUGGGCAUGGCUUUCGCCAGCAUUCACAUCUCAUCAGACAUAAGAGGACACAUUCGGGAGAGAAGCCCUAUGUGUGCAGGGAGUGUGAGCAAAGCUUUAGCCAGAAGUCACACCUCAUUAGGCACUUAAGGACACACACAGGAGAGAAGCCUUAUGUAUGCACAGAAUGUGGGCGCCAUUUUAGCUGGAAAUCAAACCUCAAGACACACCAGAGGACACACUCAGGGGUUAAACCUUAUGUAUGCCUGGAGUGUGGGCAGUGCUUUAGCCUGAAGUCAAACCUCAGCAAACACCAGAGGUCACACACGGGGGAGAAGCCAUUUGUGUGCAGGGAAUGUGGGAGGGGCUUUACCAGGAAAUCAACCCUUAUCACACACCAGAGGACACACUCAGGGGAAAAGCCAUUUGUAUGCAGGGAGUGUGGGCGAGGCUUUAAUGAUAAGUCAACCCUCAUUUCACACCAGAGAACACAUUCAGGGGAAAAGCCUUUCAUAUGCAGGGAGUGUGGUAGAAGGUUUAGCCAGAAGCCAAACCUAUUUAGGCACAGGAGGGCACACUCAGGUAGCAUACCCUUUGAGUGCAGGGAGUGUGGGCAAGGCUUUUGUGAUAAGUUAACUCUCGUCACACACCAGAAGGCACACUCAGGGGGGAAGCCUCACGUGUGCAGGGAGUGUGGGCAAGGCUUUAGCCGGCAGUCACACCUUAUUAGACAUCAGAGGAUACAUUCGGGAGAGAAGCCUUAUAUUUGUAGGAAGUGUGGGCGAGGCUUUAGUCGGAAAUCAAACCUCAUCAGACAUCAGAGGACACACUCAGGAUAGAAACCUUGUAUG